AUGGAGUUAGUUGUAAAUCAAGCUAAGAAAUUAACAGUGUCCUGUUAUAGAAUUCACUUAGUUUCUAGUUCAGUCGGUACUUUUGGUGGUGGUAGUAGUGGUGGUGCCUCUUACCCUCCUGGUUUUUUGGAUGAGUUAUUUAGGGAUUCAGAUUACGAUUCCAUCGAAACGAUCUUGAAGCAGUUGUAUGAGGAUUUAAGAGGAUUGUGCCCAAGUGCUCAUAUCCAGGGCUCAUCUUCAACAACAAUGCAUCAAGGGCUCGUUGAUCCUAUGCCUUCUGCAAGUUCAGGCAUGUUUGUGGACCUUAGUGUUGUCAUGCUUCGAUUGUGUGAACCUUUCUUGGAUGCAAAUUCACCAAAGAAAGACAAAAUUGACCCUAAAUAUGUCUUUUAUGGUUCUCAUUUGGAUUUCAAUCCAGAGUACAUUAGGAUCCCUUACUUAAGAGCCAAAAUGGUUGAAGUCUUGAAUUGUUGGAUGCCUCGGAGUGGCUCAUCUUCUGCUACCAGUACACUUUUUGAGGGGCACCAACUCUGUGUUCAGUAUCUUGUGAAGAAUCUUUUGAAACUCUAUGUUGAUAUCGAGUUCACAGGAUCCCACACUCAGAUUCACAGAUUCAUGGUUUCACAGCUCCAUCACAGAUUCAUGGUUACACAGUUUCACAGAGAUUUACAAUUAUGA